CAUGCCCAAAUACCACCACGCCGCCCGCUAGAUUCAAAGCAAGCUUUUGUGGUUCAUGAUGAAGUACUGGUUUUCUGUCACGGGGCUCCUGUCGACAAACAAGACUGUUGUGAGAAGAGAUCCUAGAAAACAGAAGGGUACAGAACUGAGGUUGAUUCCUCGAGUGUCGCUUGGUCUACGAGUUGACAGUGAUGAUGGAUCAACUCCAGCUUGGCAGAAGGGCGGUGUGGUGGAUAAGAAAAGGUGUGCCGAGUCCGAUGCCAUAGCUCAGGCUAAAUCUCAAGCGGAACUGAAGAUAUUGGCGUGUUCACAGUGUCUCUUUGAAGCUUUAGAAGAACUAACUAUAGAGGAACUGGAACAGUUCAGGCUUUGUGUGACUGAGGGGAUACUAGAGGUGUUUGUUCCCAUCCCUGAAGAACUGCUACCAAAUGGUUGUGUGGACAUCGCAGAGCGUUUAAUGGAGAUCUAUGGCAUCGAGGGCUCCUUAACGGUCACAGUGCACAUUCUGAAUACAAUAAACCGUGAUGACCUUGGCAAAAGACUAAGCUCCGAGGUCGACCGAUUGCAGACUGAACCCAAAGAGUAUCCGAUGAUGGACAUCUGUAUAGUAAAAGGGGCAGAUGAUGAUGACUGGAUGACUGGCGAUGUGGCCCAAUUAAUUUGUGGCUGCCCUUCACUUGGAGAUGACCACAGGGCAAGAAAGAUGAGAAGACAUGCAUACAAAAGUGGACUUACCUGCACCCUGGAUUGUGGUUCCGAACCCAGUUGUCCAGCAUAACGUUCCAGUAGCAAAAACCUGACUAAAUGCCGGUAGACACACAGGCUGGACAUUUUCUGUAAGACACCGUAAAAAUAACAUUUGAGACAUUGGAGGGGACAGAAAAUAUACUGUGGCUUUGGACCACAUUUAGCUGUACAGUUUAUUUAGGCCUAUCCAGCAGGGGCACAGGAGAUAUUUUGAAAGUGAGGGGGACCAAAUUGUGAACACAAACCCAUAGUGAGAUCAGAUUUCCAGAUAUC